GGUGAAAGUAGCCGUAAGGAAAGGAUAACGUAACUUUAGCGUUCACACUUCACCGUAUCUGGAAUAAACGAUUGACCGAUUGGUUUGUUUUUGGAGCUUUUAUCUAUCUUUUGUGGAUAAAGCCUGAUGUGGAAGGUUGGAAGUGUCCAGGUGUCUUGGAUAUGACUGGCUAUGUUUACUUCGUCUGCGAGGAUCUGGCCUAACUAAAUAUAGAAGAAGAAGAAGACGAUUGACUGAUUUUGUGAGAUUGAUAAAUAUAUAAAACGGAUACGACAAAAGACUGAAGAAAACAAAAGAUAACGUGAAAUUAAAAAUGCAUCCGUACUGGAUUUUCUGCCGUAGGAGAGACACGAGAAAGUAUAUACUCCUAUACUACACUUCGUUUGUUUAACGCGUCAGAUGAAUUAAGAUAAUUAACAUUGUUACUCCGCAAUCCCGACUAGUCCCGACUAACAAUAAUAAUAAUUUGUCAUGGGUGAGCGAAUGUCAGACUAAUUGGCUCCUUUUCCAGUACGACGAUCAUGCGUCCCUGUAAAGCUUAUUUUACCCGUACCAACGCGAAAGUUUAUUUUAAUACAGCUGAUGUAGCGAGCAAACCGAGUUAUUUCGGGCCUGCGUCCAUUGCUAAUGUCUAAUCUCAGGUUCACAGACCGAUUCCUACCGAUCUCGAUGUUGAAAGUCACUCCCUGGCUCCGGCACUUCCCGGAGUACUCUAAUUAAUUUUACAUUUCAAACAUGGAUCCAGAUCCUGUAGAGAUGGCGAACGAGGUCAAAAGCAAAAUCAUACUGCAUUGGAACUGUCGGGGUCUCAUGGAGUUUCCGGAGGUAAUAAGACAACACGGCAGUCACAUUCAAGAGAUAUAUCUGAAGUGGAACAAACUGACCACUCUGCCACCGUGGAUCACGGAGCUGUUCAAUGUGACCAACUUGUACAUGUAUGGCAAUCGGAUUGAACAGUUACCUGUGGAACUCGGUGAGAUGACUCAGUUGACAGUGCUGGAUUUAAGUGCCAACAAAUUAGAACUGAUAUCUGGCUGCAUCGGCAAUCUGAGCAAUCUAAAAUCCUUAUACUUGAAUGACAACUUUAUAAAGAGAUUACCAAUUGAGUUGAGCCAACUGAAUAAUCUGGAAAUACUGUCUGUCUCGGGUAAUCAGAUUGUCGCACUGCCGGAGUGGACCGGUUCUCUUCCAAGACUUCAAGAGCUAUAUGUGGAUAACAAUCGACUGAAGGAAUUACCUAACAGAUUGACCAUAGCUCCUGAACUUACCAUGAUCUCUGUGUGUUCAAACAGGUUGAAAUAUUUGCCACUGAAUGGAUUUCUAUCAGCUCCCUGUAUACGAUUCGAUGCAAACGAAUACUUAAAUUAUGUAUCGUAUCCGCUUCUAUUUCAAUUACUUUCGCAACUACGCACGACGGUUGUUCGCGACAGAGAAUGUUUGGCAUUCGGAUGUUUUAAGACGCAUUAUGACACAAAUAUGCUAAACACAAAUACAAAAUUGUACAUAAAAAUGAAGGGUCUACAUGAAAUAAAUGCCGAUGUUAUAAUCGAAUUACCACGGCAAAUGCUAAAGAUUCAUGAAGUUCAUGAAAACGUGACUUCUUCUUUGUUGGAAUUAGCGCUAAGGAAAGUUUAUACCGAAAGAUAUAAGCACACGCUCGACGUUUCCGUUUCUCCUGCAAACGUAACAAUACUCUACAAACCACUUAAAAAUAUUGAACUGGACUUCACACUGUCUACGAGUUAUACUUUGUACAAUUUAUUAACAAACGGGCCCACUGGUAUCUGCAUAAAUUCUCAAUGCCAGCAACCGAUAUUCACAGAAGCUUGGAUUAUUGUCGGUGUCAACCGUUAUGCAGAAUCUAUGAUAACGAUCGCUUUAUGUUGUAGCAGAAGUUGUGCUACUGCGUUUGCUGCACACUCAAGUACAACGACUAUUAAUCUUCAUUGGCACUCCAUCAAUUGAUGAAUCCUCCUAACUGGGUAUCUAAUCAAUCCGCUUCUGUAUAUAUAAUGUUAAGAGAAUAAAAAAAUCUUGCGCGUUCAACUGAAAUCUUGUGUCAAUAAGUUUUUAAAUUAACUCUUU